UUGUUAUCUGCGAUGUGAUAUUAGUGUUAUUUGAUAAAUUUUAAUCUCGGAAUUAUAUAAUGGGUUUACUAGCAUGGGGGUACAAUGCCAACAUGGGGGUACAGAUAGAAAUGUUAUUGUAAUAUUAGGUUUAUUUCUGCAAGCGAGAUAGAAAAGUAAUAAAAACAAAUAACUAGGGAAAAAGUUAUAACAAGCGAAGCGACUUCCUUCCUUCCUUGCCAGUUACUUCUACGCAUGUCCAAGGGUCAACAUGGCGGCGGGAGAAGCUGAGUCUAGUUGCCACGGCAACCACGGCGCAGGCACGCGCCAUCCCUGCCGGGGGCGGAAGAAGCAUAGAGUACUUCCGGUGUUUCUGUGGAAGGGCGGGCGUUAUACCGGAAGGGGCUGCGCUUUGUUAGGCACCGAGGAGGACGGAGUGUGGGUCCACAUUAAUUUGGUAUAAUGACUCAUACAAAAAUUAUUGGAGCCCUAGGCGGACUUUGACCUAUGGAUUGGCAGUCUUCUAUACUAGCUAACCAAAUAUUUUUGACAUCACAUAUAGGGUACAGCUGCCCCCACUGUGACCCACAACACUUUGGACAAAUCAAGGCUGAUAGCUUGCCACAACCAACCUUGGCAUGUAUUUGGAAACACUGCUUCAUAAAGUUGCCUGACCGGCUGCCAGCCUGCUGGGUCACGAAAAAAUGCCAGACCGCGACAACUCUUACAACGGUAGCGGCAGUGACGAGGCAAGCGCGAACUCUGACGACAUCUGCCGAGAUUUUCUGCGCAACGUCUGCAAGCGGGGCAAGCGCUGCCGUUUCCGCCACCCGGACAUCAACGAGGUGACCAACCUGGGCGUUAGCAAGAACGAGUUCAUCUUCUGCCAUGACUUCCAGAACAAAGAGUGCGUCCGCAUCAACUGCCGCUUCAUCCACGGCACCAAGGAAGACGAGGACUGCUAUAAGAAGACCGGGGAGCUCCCCCCGCGCCUCCGCCAGAAAGUGGCGGCUGGCCUCGGCCUUUCCGCGGCUGAUCUUCCCAACAGCAAGGAGGAAGUCCCCAUUUGCAGGGAUUUUCUGAAGGGGGAUUGCCAGCGGGGAGCCAAAUGCAAGUUCCAGCACCUCCAGCGAGAUUUUGAAUUCGACGCCCGGGGGCUGACUACCCGGGAGCAGGGCAUCACCACGCCCGUGCGGCGGUACGACCCCUACGACCCCAUGUACGAUUCCGACCGCUGCUACGACGACCACGAUCCCGUGCUCAAGAGACGGCGGGUGGACGGACUUCACUUUGAGACGUACGAGUACAACUUCACCAGCCCGCGCACCGUGGAGUACCGACUCCUGGAAGAGGAGAACAUCAUGCUGCGCAAACGUGUCGAAGACCUCAAGAAGCAGGUCAACAACCUCCUGGCCACCAACGAGGUCCUCUUGGAACAGAACGCCCAGUUCCGCAACCAGGCCAAGGUGAUGACGCUCAGUGCCCCAGCCACAGCCACGGAACAGACUCUGGCCCCCACUGUGGGCACAGUCACUAACUACAAUCACAGCAUUGCACAGACCCACACCACCCUGAGCAGCCAAGCUCUACAGCCGCGGCCGGUGACGCAACAGGAUUUGGUGGCUCCGGCUGGCGCACAGGCAGCACCGCCCAGCAACGCAGCGCCUCCCAUGAACCCUGAAAUCACCCCGCUCUCGGCAGCUCUGGCUCAGACCAUCGCCCAGGGAAUGGCUCCACCGGUCUCCAUGGCGCCUGUGGCGGUGUCGGUGGCCCCCGUGGCUGUGUCAAUGGCACAGCCACUGGGGGCCAUAACCAUGAGCCAUGCCACCACGCCCAUGGUGACGUACCCCAUAGCCUCACAGAGCAUGAGGAUGCCUCACUAGUCCCCUUCAUGAGGGAAGUGACCUCGUGCAGUAUCUGUUGCCCCUAAGUUGGGGGUUAAAGCACUGUUUGGAUCCACCUGAUAGUGAACCAGGCUGGAGAAAAGAGGCUGGCUUCAGAUGCGGAUCUGAAACCCACUGGAGUUCUCAUCUCUACGCAGUGGGGAAGGACGCUAGCUUGGGUGGACGUUGCCUCAAGCUGGAACAUGAGGCUUGGGCCGGUCGCUGCGGUCGGGCUCAGGGAUGACUGGAUAAACAAAGCAAUCUAGACAGCGUAGUGCUCGCCUACCCUUUUUCUCUACCGUGUGUCUCUUUUGAAGCACUUCCGUUCUCAUGAAAUCACCAGCCAGUCCCUUUCCAAGUUUAGUAACUGAGUUUAUUAUCUCCCUAGUGGGAGCCUUGUCCUCACAACCCUAGUAGACACGCGCAGUCCAUCCUGCUCUUACCCAUGGGGAAGAUGUCAGUAGGAUUUCCCCUGGCUCAGUCAGACGUAGAGGGGGAAAAGGGUUGGAAGGCUGCUUGUUCUGCAGAGGCUAAGAUAGCCUGGGUCAUCCAGCUUUGGCAAGCUUUAAGGCAAACAUGCAGGCUCCUGGGUAUAAUUUAUUUGAGCUCUGUUAUAGCAAACAGUGGGACUAGAACUGGCAGCAGAAGUACAUCCAUCUGUUUCUUUUGAUUCGAUAGGCAUCGAGUGUGGAAAUGGCCACCAUGACCCUAGAAUGUGUUCUCCCUUACUGAAAACAAACUGGGUAGAAUACAGAUAGCAUAUUUUGUAUUGUUUCCUCGGUUUCUCAGAGUUCACAGUGGAUGGAUACCUCGAGACUAUAUCAAGGAUGAGCAGUUUUCUUUUCUGUUGUCAACUAGAGGAGUAUUCUGUGCCUUUCCAGCCCCCUAUAAUCUCCCCCGCUCUUGAGCUUUCCGCAGAGGGUUUUGCGGCUUCCUGCCUGUACCUCCAGUGGGAAUUGCAGUCAUAUAUGGUUUUGGUAGGAGCUUCUCUGCCAUGUGUCACUCCCGACAUUUUUUUUUUUUAAGAGAUGCUUCUCUCAGUGUUGUGCUUUUGGUUGUUGGCGUGAAUUUCGCGCUCACCCUUGGGUCUAAAAGUAGCUUUCUGCAUCUUUCACCGUUCUCUUUGGAUUGGUUUUUAUGAAGACGUUUUAAAGGAAACUUCUUCCUGACCCAGCUGUUUCCACAGUUCAGUGGAAAUGUUUUCAGCUAUUAAAGCUAAUGUACCGUCCUCGCUCAUAUGACUGGUGUUGAUAUAAUUCUUCAAAGUGUGUGUAUAAAAUGUAUAUAUUUUUAAAAG